AUCGUUAAAGACAAAAUUUGUCAAAGGCAACAUUUCAAAGUAGACAGAAAAACAAUAACGAAUUUAGAAAUGUACAUUACCAAUCACUUUACACUACUUCCCUGCAACUACACAAUAACUGGCACGUCCAAAUGGUCCAAAUCACACAACUACCGAACUCACUCCAUGGAGACGUUCAGUGGGUUCAGUGGUUUGAUGGCGUUGUUGGUAAAUAUCGUCUGUAAACAAAGAUACCCGUGCUAGUUACCGGCAACUAACGAUUAAUGUAAAGUGAAAGGGAUUAAGUGGCAUUCUGAGGCUUGUAAUGUUGUUCGACGUUCGUUGUUUGUGAUAGAGAAGAAAUGCUGGCAGUUUAUGUUAUUUCUUAACCAGCCUUAGAUAUUACCGUAUGUUUACUGGAACAGUAAUCUUCGUGGUUCAUGAACAACUCAUAAUGAAAUAAUAGAAAUAAAUUUAAAAAAUGCAUCCUGAUACAUUUUUGGUAGGGGACAAUGUGCUGCUUGUAGGAGAAGGCAACUUUUCCUUUGCUGUUGGUUUGACUGAUUGGAAUCUUCCUAUUACUAUAACAGCAUCUUGCUUAGGGUCUGAUAAUGUGAUUAAAACAAGAGAGGAAAAUAUUGCAUAUCUGAAAGAGAAAGGUGUUCGAGUGCUAUUGGGUGUAGAUGCUACAAAAUUGGAUGAACAUUUUGUUCUUAGAACUGAAAAAUUUUCAAAGAUCAUAUUCAAUUUUCCUCAUAUUGGAGGGAAAAUGAAAAUACAUCUAAAUAGAGCACUUCUAAAGGGAUUUUUUCAGACUGCUUCAAAACUGGUAACACUGGAUGGAAGAAUUUUGGUAUCACUGUGUAAAGGGCAAGGAGGUACCAGAGUUGACAAGCCAAUACGCCGGUGGGACGAUACAUGGCAGGUUGUUGAGAUGGCUGCACAUGGAGAGUUGGUUCUGGUGUCUGUGGAGAAGUUUAGAAAUGAUAUGAUCCCAAAGUAUACAAGUGUAGGGUACAGGGGAGGUGACUCUGCAUUUGACACAGAUGGUGCUCUCGUUCAUGUUUUCAGCAAACGGGAACCUUUAUAUCCUAGUAUGGACAUGGAAACAUUAUUACAGCAUCUAGAGAGUCAGGUUUUGGAAACAAAAUUUGGAAAUCUAGUAUGUAAUAGUGUUUAUCAUAUCAAGUACAGGAACAAUCCAUUAGAGAGGGAAGGAUCUGCUAUGCACUAUUUGAGUGAACAAUUGAAGUCCUUUGUUGAGACUCUUUGUAUUAAAGUAAGACACAUUUCAGAUGAUAACGUUCCACUCCACACUGAACUAGCAAUUGGCAGUCCACUGUGUUAUACUGAGGGACACAAAGUGGAAUGUUCCUUGCGACACACACUCUUUGAUGUUCUAGAUGAAGUACUGAAGUUAUGGAAUCAGGCUCAUGAUGAAAUUAUCAUGUUUCCAGGACUAAUUUUCAAUGAUCUAGGGGUUGAUUUUUCAUAUCCACCAUUAUCUUGUCAUGUCUUACUGUUGGGAGAUGAAUUGUCAGGUGUAACUGAGAAAUGUAUAAGGAGAAUGCUUCAGGUGUUUCAGAAAGGUGCUAUGUAUAUAUCAGUAUCUGCUUUUGAAAUGGCAGCAGAAUGUCAUCACAGAAUUACUGCUGACAAGAACAUAUUUAUAAAAAAUGUUACUCAAACAAAGGUACCUGUAAAAGUGGCACAGGAAUUUUCAUUGACUGUAGAAGGCAGUGGAGAAUCCAGAUGUAUAUCAGCAAGUGUGAUACAUCUGGAUCGGCUUUCAGAAUUGUUGUUUGAUGUUGAUAACUGGAGACAGUUGUGGACUCAAGAAUCGUGUGUUGUUUUUGACAAAAAUAUCCCAUUUUUAAAUCAUUCCUGCUUUGAGUCUUUGGCAUAUACAUGUGAUAUAUCUUUCCUCGAGAGUCCUUCUUUUUCUUCAGCAAAGUUCUGUGCCAUAUUAUGGCAAGUAGCUGGUGAUAUAAUUAUUAAUGUAGAAUUUUUGAACAUGUAUCAGUCUCCUGAUGGCUGGAGAAGCCAUUGCUACAGGAUUACUUAUCAGUCUUUUGACAAAGCUUUGUCUAGAAAGCAAGCCAGUAGAAUUCAAGAAGCUAUUAUAGGGAAGGUGUUAUGUGCAAAAUUAGGGAUUUCUAUAAGGUGAUUGCAGUAGAAAUAAUUUCUGAAUGUGAGUUUACUCCUGACAGUCCAUGCUAAUGAAAGAGAAAAUAUGCACAAAUAAUUGAAAAGCAUAGAUAAUCCAAAAUAUUUUAUGGCUUGAUGCCAUAACAUGUCGCAUAUUGGGGUGUGUGUAUGUAUGUAUAUACUGCAUGUAGAUGGAAGCUCUAUUUAAUUUUUAUCGAGUGUGAGACAGCAUAAUAUUCAGAUGUAAUUAAGAGGCCAUGAUGAUUCAUGUAUAUGAAAAUCCAGAAAUGUAUGUAUAGUGCAUUGAAUUUGUUAAUUGUUUUUAAAACCACAGUACUUACGGAGAAAUAUAGGGAACAUAAAAUGUGUGUUUAUUUUUUCUCUACAACUUAUUGGUGAAAACAUGUUUUACUUACUUUACUUUUAUUUAGUGACUUAUGCUUGAGAUAAAUGAAAAAAAUGUGUGUAUUUCUUGUUUCACUAAAAUUGUCUAAUCUAAAUAAAAAUAUAUGUGGCUUGACAGAA